CGCACGCGUCCUCGCUCCCUUCUGCCGCGUCACUUCCGCCAGCCGGUGGAGACAGCGUUUCUGGGUCCGGCCGUGAGUGGCUUUGGAGGCGUCGCUUCUGUCAGGAGCAGCUGGAAGAUGUCCUGAAUAUACUUUUCCAGGAAGAUGUGCCACCUGGCUUGAGGCCUAGGAAUGUAUUCCAGAUGUCUGGGUGUUUGGUGCAUGAGUGGAGAGAGUGCGCACACACGUGGCUUGUUUCAAAUCCAACCACCUACGCAGUGCUGGGCUAUGAGCCCCUUGAAGGAGCGAAAGUGACCGGAUGAAAGAGAAAUCUGGCCUAGGCUUCUGCCUGUAUGUAUGUGCCGGCCAUCUGAAUUGGGGCGAUCCUGCCUUUGAGGGAAGAUGUUUGCAAAACUGAAGAAGAAGAUUGCGGAAGAGGCAGCGACCGCUCCGCGGCCAGGAGGGCUGGCCAGAAUGCCCAGAUCAGUCAGCAAGGAGUCGAUCACAUCCGCAGGAGCCGAUUCGGGGGAUGACUUCCCCUCCGAUGGCAGCAGCUCCAGGGAAGACCUUUCGUCUCAGCUGUUUCGAAGGAAUGAACAAAUCCGGAAGCUGGAAGUCAAGCUGUCAGAUUACGCUGAGCAGGUCAGAAACUUACAGAAGAUUAAGGAGAAGCUUGAGAACGCGUUAGAGACGCAUCAGGAUUCCUUUGUGAAGAAGCUCCAAGAGCAGAAUGAGGCUCAUCAGGUCAGCACAGCCAAGAUGGCGGAAGGGAUGGCCUUGGCACUAGAGAAGAAGGACCAGGAAUGGAGGGAGAAGCUGUCUCACCUUGAAAAGGAGAGGAAGCUCCUUUCUGCACAGUUGCAAGAGAUGAGAGAGCAGAGGUUGAACCUCUUCCAGAAGAGAGAUGAGAUUGACGAGCUGGAAGGUUUCCAGCAGCAGGAGCUGGCUAAAGUCAAGCACAUGCUUUUGAAGAAGGAAGAGUCGCUGGCCCGGAUGGAGCAAGAAUUGGGAGCCUCCACACAAGAGCUGACGUCUGCCCGAGAGGAACUGCAGGCCUCCCGUGCCUCGUCCUCGCGCCUGGCUGCCGAGCUGCAACAACUACGGAAGCAGCACGUGGACCUGGAAGCAGAGAGGGACGAGCUCAUAGAUGCCGAGGAGGGUGCGGAAAGCAAGAUCACCACCCUGGAGCAGCGAAACCAUGAUCUCCAAGCCUACAUUCAACGACUGUCGGUGGAUUUGCAAAAUGCUCAGGUUGCAGCCUCUGGUUGUGAAAAGCGGCUGGGGGCGUUGCAGGGAGAACACGAAUCUCUGAAGCUGGAAUACGAGCAGCACAAGCAGAAGAUGAUUGUCGAGGUGGAGGAGAAAAGCCAGCUUGCGGGCCACUUACAGGAGAAAGUGGCCACUCUGGAAAAGCGCUUUGAAGGGAACCUCUCUGGCGACGAGCAUGUUCGGGAGUUGCUCCGGGAGAAAAGUGCUCUGGAGCAGCGACUGGAGGAGGCGAGGCAGCAACUUUCGGCUGCACGGACGAGCCACGUGGAGAGCGUGAACCUCUUGGAGACUCAGAUUGACAAACUGAACUGCCAAUUGGCGGAAGGGCAGGAGUGCCUGAGCGCACAUGAGGAGCUUGUGCGGAGCCUCCGGGAAAGCGGUUUGCAACAGUUGAAAGAUCUUGAACGAGCCCUCGAACUUGCCAACGAGGCAACGGCAAAAAGUAAAGAAGACCUCGAGGAGAGAGAGCUGCAGAUCCAAAAGUUGCAAACGGACCUGGACCUGGAGAGGACCCAGUCACAGGAGGGCCUCUCUGCGGUGCAGCUUCAGUGCACGGAGCGCGUCAGGAGGCUGGAGGAGGAAGUGGCGUCCCUGGAAGCUGCACAGGAACUGGAAAGGACGGCCGCCCAGCGUAAGAUGAGCCAACUGGAAAAAGAAAAUGAAGAACUCAAAGGCCAAUGCAGAGACUUAGAAAGCUCCUUAAGGCAGCAAGAAUCUGAAUCGGAACGACUAAAGGCGGAAUUGAACAGUAACGUCGAAACUGCCAAAGCCCUGGAGGAGACACAGAAGCAAAGAGAGCAGCAGCUGCAGGUGGAGCUUGCCGAUCUGACCUCGCUGUUGAAGGAGAAGGACCUGCUGAUUGCCGAGAAAACGGAGAGGCUUCAGACAGAGGAGGAAGAGCUGAAGCGCUUCAGGCAAGGCCACGAUGCGCUUCUCCUGCAGACGCACCAGUUGCAGUCCAGCCUUGAACUGUGCCAGCAGCAGGCCACGGAGAGGGACGCUGCAGCAGAGAAGCAGAUGAGCGCUUUCCAGGUGCAGCUGCAGGACCAGCAGGCGCGCCUGUUAGCCAGCGAGAAGCAAGUUGCUACAUUAGAACUGUCAUCUGCAGCCCUGAAAAAGCACUCAGGUCCCCCUGAAGAUGGCGAAGCCGAGCCGAAUGGGGAGGUGGCAGUCACAGACGUCAUCCAGCUACAGAAGGGAAACAGAGACCUGGAGCAGCAAAUCGCAGAGAAGAACAAGAUGAUAAAACAGCUGCAGCAGAGAAUGACAGAGCUAAAGAAGACCUUGCAGAAAGAACUGGAUCCGAGAGAGUGGCGCGUGCAUUUGCUCCUUGCCAAAGAGUUUGCUCUCCAGGAAGGGUUGGAGAAUGGCAUGAAAAUUCGACCCGAUGGUGAGGUCCCUGAAGUGCCCACUGCUGCCUUGACUGUGACAAACAACUCAGAUCUGAAUGACUCUCGGGAAAUAAACUUUGAGUACCUUAAGCACGUGGUGCUAAAAUUUAUGUCCUGCCGGGAAUCAGAGGCAUUCCAUCUGAUCAAAGCUGUGUCUGUGUUGCUAAAUUUCUCUCAAGAGGAGGAACACAUGCUCAAGGAAACCUUGGAGUAUAAGAUGUCUUGGUUUGGGUCAAAACCAUCUCCCAGGGGCAGUAUCCGACCCUCGAUCUCAAGUCCACGGACCCCAUGGUCAUGAACGAGCCCCCCCUCCCAAGGAUGUGUUUCCUGCCUCCAGUUGGUUUUUUCUAUGAAAAGGAUACUGGACCCACCAAUGGAGGUGGUAUCUAAUUGCUGUCACCACAGUAUUUUUGUACGAGAACUUUGAAAAAUGGUUUACAAAGCUGUACUGUAAAAGGAGUGUCCUUUGCUGCAUACCGACACCCCCUUCCACAGUCCUUUAGUUGAUAACAAGCGGCUGGUUCCUGAGGCCUUGUGGAACCAAAGGGUUUGUGUUGGCGGGGGCAGUAACUGGUAGCAUGGGGUGGUGCCUUCCGGCUUCUGUCACGAGAUAAAUCCCAAACUCUGUAUGUUGAGCAACAAGCGUACAUGUGUGUGUUGCAUACAUCAUUCCUGACAGUGUAGAAAUCUGGCUGGGGGGGGGGAGCAAUUCUUUUCCCUUGGACUUAUAGCCCCCCUUCCCUCGUAGCUGAAACUGCCAGCGCAUUCAAGCUAAGCUGCAAACAGUACGCCCGUUCUCCAGCCCCUAGGCAACUACACAGUGGGCCAGCUUUUAUUUUUCUUAAAGAAAAAUCAUUUUAAGUGGUCUUUACAAUAGUCAAUGUACUCUCCUUGCCUAUAUAAAGUGUUGACAUAUAUUAGCAAGUUAGAGGGUGGCAGCCGCUCACUUUAAAAAUGAAAACAGAAAGCUCAAUGUGGCAGCUGCUGCUGCAUCAGCCUAGAGCCAGUUCAUAUUUGACCAGCAGAAGUGUUCGCAAUCUGUACUCCUGCUUUUAACGGAUGGGAGUGGCUUACCUAAUCACAGUUAAUUCCCCCCCCCACUACUCGAGGGGUGGCAGUCAGUUUGGCUCAUUAGAAAGGAGAAACUGAAUAUACAGUGAUAAACCAAACUAACGCCCUACCCCUUAUAUUAGACACUGCAUUUUUAUUAACCAGUCUAUUUAAAGAUACUAUCUAUACUGUACAGAAAAUCAACCAUGUAAGACAGCAGGUUCCAGUUUUAAUAUUAUCAUUACAUAUUGCUAAGCAACAGUAUUUUUUUUAACCAACUGCCUGUUAAGAAGGGGGAAAAAUCAGCCAGCCCACAAGGGUUGGUCUUCCUUCCCAAGAGCACAAAGUAAAAUUUCUACCGAUUAGCACUUGUGGCAUUUUCCCAGAUCUACCUUUUUAGAGUCAGUUUUAAGAGAAAACCUGUUAAGCAAGAGUCUGCAGUAGCCUUAGCGUUGGAUUCUUGUAAGCUGUCAGAGCAAGAACGAGGUGUGUAUAUUCAUUUAAUAGUAGCAACUAAUGCACUUUUUCUCCUUGUACAAAGAACACACAAACCACCUAUGGAGUGUAUAUAGAAAAAGCCUUUAUGGACCCUUGGUUGAGUCCAUACAUUCUGUGUAAAUAUGGACUAUAUUAUGUAAUGGCUUGUAGAGACCUAAUUUGUGGUGCACUACAUUUUUGAUUAAAACUUGAGGCUGACAUAAUUA